AAAAUGGUGUAUUGAUGUGAACUAUUUGUUUGCAAAGGAAACCAGUGACAAUGAUUUUAGUGAUAUUUGUUUGUAUCCUAGGGGUUCAAGGGGAUAGACCCCUAUUCAGGAGACCAUCCUUUAGGGAUAUUCAAGACGACCCUUCAGUAACAGUGAGAAGUAGAAGAUUAACUCCAAUUAUUUCUAGGCGAAUAGAUAUUACAGAAGUUCAGGAUGAGGCGCCAUUAGAUGAAAUGGCGCUAAGUAAUGAAUUGGCGCCAAGAAAGGAUGUGGCGCCAAGAAAGGAUGUGGCGCCUAUCACUAAGUUUAUUGAAUAUUCUGAUCAACUUGAAGAUACAGAUUCAACAUUACAAAAACCAGAAUGGAGUCCUGCAGAAUUGGAUCUAAUAGAAGAGUUCCAACAAAUUCUGAACACAACCCCUAAGGGUCAGUUGAUCGAGACCACAAAGUUUCUUCUCUUUAACACCCAAGCUGUGGAUAUUAUAGAAACCACGUUAAGAACCGGUUUGGAGGAAACAACAACAAAUAGACAAACAACCCUUGAAUCCUCUGACACUACCCUGCCUGAUGUAUCCCUGGUAGGUGCAGGGUCGGAGAGUGAAUUAAGAUCUGCCACUGUCCCCACUACGCUAUCAGAGAUAUCUCCCUCCUUCCUAGUAUCUUCUACCACUCAGAAGAUUCAGCUCAGAGAACCUAAAUCCUUAGAAAUUGAGAUAAAUGAUCGUUCCAACAGAAUUCCAGUUUUUAGUGACAUGCUGCCCCCACAGUCAAUCCAUCCUCCUUCUCUGGUCAAGGCAACAUCGUUCGACGACCUUCUUCAGAAACCAAAAUUUAAAAACUUUGACCUUGAAAAUUUUCCUAAAAGAUUGAAGGAUGAAUUUGAGGGAGAAGUUCCAGAUAUUUCACUUGAAAAGCGUAAAGAAUUAAUCAAGGAAGCUUUAGAACGUCUGAAAACUCAGAGACAGGAAGACACCACUACUAAUGAUGAAAAAGAUUAUGAUUUUGGUGCAAGUGAAUCACCAAAUGACUAUUAUGAAUAUGAGGAUGAUUACAAAGAAAACUUACCAAAAAGUGAAAAGCCGCAAGAUUUUGCGGAAAUGCCGCGUACAGUUCAAUCUACAACGGAAGAAGACGACUUGGCUCACACUUCUACAAUUGAUAUAGUUCAACCAACAAUAGUUAUUAAUCUGGUCGAGAAUUUAUCAGGAAAAAUAACCAUAUAUAUUAAUAAUUUUUAA